AUGCGGCCACUGCGGCCCGGAAGGGGCGGGAUGGACCCGGCCCGGCCGUGAGGGACCCCGGGGGCCGCGAGGGACCGCCUGGACUGGGGCAAGGUCGCCAUGGAGUCGUGGCAGCUCCGCUUUGAGACUCUGGAGGCCCUGCGCCUCUCCAGCAAGGGCCGACUGAGCUACUGCAGCCGCUGGCAGGAGGAUGAGGCUGCCUUGGAAGGAUGUGUGGCUCCCGUUGAGCUCUCCCCUUACUGCGGCUGGGUGCUGGACAGCCUUAGUGGGCAAUUAGCCCAAGAAAUCACACCCACCGGAACUUCAACGCCCAAACAAUCCACUCCCCUCCGAAAACGGGCGUCUGCGGAGAAGAUCCCGCCUGGCAGCCACCGGAGCUUUUCACCACCUUCAUCUACAGAGCCCAGUGAGACCAAGGAAAACGAUCAUCUUAGUCCCCUGGAAAUAAAUCAAGAAGUUGUUCCAGCAGUUCUGUCAUCUAAAGUUGCAAAAGUCGAAGGCUGCAUUCGGAUGUACGAGGAGAUGCACAGGCUGAAAGCAAAAGAGAGGCUGAGACAGCGGCAGGAGGAGCAGGAGCAGAUGGUGAGGGCAGCCUAUGCCCAGGCCAGUGAGCAGCUGAAGCGCUUUGAUGAACUGAGGGAGCUAAAGCGGCACCAGGAAUUCCAAGAGUUGCAAGAAGUAAUGGAGAAGAGUUCAAAGGAGGCUCAGGGGCAGCAAGAGAAGUUGAAGGAAGAACACCGACAUAGAGCAAAGAUACUGAACCUAAAAUUGCGUGAGGCAGAGCAGCAGAGGCAGCGCCAGGAAGAGCUGGAACGUUUGCGGAAGGAAGAGGGCCAGGAGAGACUGCGUCGCCUUUAUUCCAUCCAGGAGGAACUGCUGCAGCUGAACCAGCAGAUUGAUCCCAACUACAGGCACAAAGACUUGCCCAGAAUCGAUCUGUCUGCGUACAGCAAUCGUGGCAACCAGAUCUGUGGACUGGUGUCAGGGCUCAUCCGCACCACGAGCGAGAGAGGGUUUCCUACUCAAGCAGAUGUGGCCAGCACUGAACGAGCCCUGCAGGAGAUGCGAGGGUUGAUAUCCAGCAUGCAGCAGGAAAUCGCUGCAGCUCUGGAAGAAAAAAAGAGGAAAGAUGAAGAGGAAGAGAAACAAAAGCAGAAAGAAUUAGAGAAAAAAGAGCAAAUGAAGAGUCAGAUUCCUGCCCCUGCACAGCAGUCGGGAGGAAAGCAGCAGAAGGAAGGACUUCAAGUUAAAACAGAAGAAAGUAUCAUGCAGUGGUACCAGCAGCUUCAGGAUGCUGCUGAGCAAUGUGUUGCUGCUUUCAGUGAAAUUGGAAACUGCAAAGGCAACACUGAGGUGAAGAAGAUAAAAACAAACUUGCAGAAAGCAGCUACAAUCCCUGUGAGCCAGAUCUCUAGCAUAUCAGGCUCUAAGCUGAGAGAGGUGUUUGACAAGAUCAAUAACCUGCUGUCUGGGAAGCCUGUUCAGACUGAAGGGCAAACGGUGUCAGUGACUCAGCAUCCACAGGGGCUGGAGUUUGUUUGUUACAAACUUGCAGAAAAGUUUGUGAAACAUGGGGAAGGAGAAGUAUCUUUUCACCGUGAUUCAGCUUUCCCAAUUGCUGUGGUGCUCUCAGGAAUCUGGGAAUUACAUCCUCGAGUUGGAGACAUCUUUUUAGCUCAUCUGCACAAAAAGUGCCCAUAUUCUGUGCCAUUUUACCCUGCUCGGAAAGAAGGGACUUCUAUGGAAGAAUAUCAGAGGAUGCUUGGAUAUGAAGUUCAUGAUUCUAAGGUGGAAGAACAAGAUCAUUUUCUUAAAAGGAUGUCAGGAAUGAUUCGUCUCUAUGCUGCCAUCAUUCAACUCCGGUGGCCUUAUGGAAACAAACAAGGAGCACAUCCUCAUGGUCUGAGCUAUGGUUGGCGCUGGCUUGCACAGAUGUUGAAUCUGGAGCCUCUGGCAGAUGUGACAGCUAUGCUGCUUUUGGAUUUCCUGGAAGUGUGUGGCAAUGCUCUGAUGAGGCAGUAUGGGAUUCAGUUCUGGAAAACAAUGUUCUUUAUCCAGAAAUCCUAUAUUCCAAGAAUUGAAGCUGUGACCAGCUCUGGCCAGAUGGGCUGUUUGUCACGUUUGAAGAAUUUCGUGCAGAAAUGUCUACAGGCAGAGGAAAUUCCAUUACCAAAGGGCAUUCUGACACCUUCCUUUUGGAGAACAUAAAUCGAUCAACCUUUCUUGGAUGGGGAGCCCCUGGACACAGUUUAGAAGAAUGAGAAUAAAAUAUUCUAUCAACCUUAACGUUUAAUUCAAGAAGAUUUAUUUGUUAAACUUGGAAGUUAAUCUUUGCAUUAGAUCUUUAUAAGUUCUUUUAUAAUAAAUUACUGAAAAUUCAAGACUUUUCCUUCAUAUGUUUAAACACGAGGAAGAUGCCUUAAAUCCAUUGUCCUGAUGGCUCCGGAGGUUAAGGACUCUUGGACUGAAAAAUUGCACAGUGCUCUUCAGCUUGUGGAAGUGAAAAUACCUCACAGCUUUAUGAACUUUUAACAGUGUAAUCGAUCUCAAACUUACUGCUAGAACUUUAUUUUUGUAUUUCUUACAUCUGUCUUUUAUAAUUCAACUGUAAUGAUGCUGAUGGACUUGUUUGUCUCAACAUCAUCUAAAAACUAUGGUGAGGCUAGUAAAGGCUGAACCACGCUGACACUUGUCUCCUUUGGAUGUAACUUCACUCUGAAAGGCAGGACUCUGAGUUGAAGGGAGGUAGACUUACUGCUCCAAAAGGUUUGUGGGGGAACAAGAGCUCCUGUAGCAAUAAAAGAUCUAUGAUUUUUUUCUGUUGGAGAGGGGUGGUCGGGAAAAUCCACAGCUCGUUGGUGAAUACAGGAGAUGGGAAAUUUGUUGGAUUUACAGUGAGCUGUCCUUGAACUGUUUUUUCUUGAAGAUGAGAAAAUUCACUUUUAAGUUCUACAAGGUAGUCAAUUAUCCUGGUAAUACACUGUUGCAAGUUGAAAAUGUUAUUUUUACCAGACUGGGGUUUGUUUUCGUAGAGGCACAGCGAUUUGAAGCUGUAGAAUGUGGAGUUGAGGCCAUAUGAGAAUAUGAAUUUGAUUUUCUAUGUAGUUCUUGAGAUUUCUGAGAAGAGGUUGUAACAUGUGCUUUGGAAUUCAGGCCUGUAAAACCCUUAAUGUUGGCUUUAAAAUGGUCUAGUACCUAAGUUAAAUUUGUAUUUGGUUUAUGUAUUUUGUAAACUGAUUCUGGAAUUCUUUAGACUACUGUUACCUUGUGAUUGUUCUGGGAAAUUGGAAAUAUCCUCCUGGUAUCCUUUUUGCCAGAUAACUCUGAAGCAAUGCAACUUCCAUUAGUAUACUUGAAAGUGUACAAGGUUUUUUAAUACUGAGUGGAGAUGUUUUAAUUAUAUAUUGCAUAUCCAUAAUUACGGUGGAGAUUCACUUUGGCAAGACAGUAAUUGGUCCUGUCUGUUAGAAACAAUUGUCUGUCUGUGCCAAACUCAAGGAGGAAUUUGAUGAUGUACUUGUGAAAUACAAUCCUUUUCUUCUUUUUUUGCUGACAGCUACUAAGGGUUUCUAACAUUUGUGGCAUAAAUAAAAGUAUAUAUUUUUAUAAAAAACAA